UAAUGGCGAGGAAGGUGGCGGGAUAUUCAGGCAAAAACCGAAGUUCGCCUUCAAUAGUAGCAAGGUCUUCUAUCAGAAACAAAUUGGUCAAAACGGACUUCCAAGAAUGAAUUUGUAGUAGUAAUAGUAGUAGUAAUAUCAUUGCCAUCYUUUGCUGACGCACCGGUAGGAAUAGUUGCCAGAUCGGUGGUAUUCUGAAACCAGUGGGAUAGCAACACGAUCGACAACGGUAGGCGGUGGGCGGUAAUCUGAUCCCGGAAACGGAGGUGCCAUUUAUAUUCCCUAUACGAAUCACACCCUUUCCAUAGACGGCUGCGGCAACACAGCAACAGCAACAACAUGUUCGUGCURCCGAAACUUGACUUCCCUCAAAAAAUCGCCCUUGGCCUCCUGGUUCUGGGCUGCCUCAUGGUGUGGACCAAUCUUGUAAUGGAGCAACAAUUAUUAGUUCUUCGUUAUCCUKGCCACAUCGCUGGCCACCGUCCCGAUGGUUAUCAGAGCUCGACAACCGCGACACUGGCAGAUCUACUCCUAGCCARUGAUGCCAAAGGAGCAAAGAUCAACACCAAUGUUAUCACAAAGACAAGCGGUGGUGUUGCUGUUCGUAGCAUGCCCGGUGGAAGAGAGAACAAUCACCUAAACAAAGAGAACAACAACGACGACGAYCAUCAAAGAUUGUACACUUGUUCCUAUGGACCGGAUGGUUCAGAGAAAAACCAAGCAAACCGCACAAACGUGACGAUUCCGAUCCACACGCCUUCCUUUGUUCUUAUCGGUGUCCAAAAGUCGGGCAGCACGGCAAUGCUCACAUAUUUUCGAGACCAUCCGCAGAUCCUCCAGACCAAGCGCCGCUUUCGGCGGGARGGACACUUUUUCGAUACCAGCUGGCAGUCGRGGGUUUUGAAGAAGGCGUCCGAACUGGGACUCAAACAGGCCAACGACAAACACUGUCUUGCGCUGGAACUCUACAUGGAAUUGUUUGACACCGGUACCAUAUUGGCCAAUUCCCAGACACACAGUCAUGGCCUCGAACAUCAACAUAUCUUUACCUUUGAAAAAACCAUGACGUACGUUCUGAAUCCAAAAAUCCCUGCUCGUAUCAAGCACACAGUUCCCUGGUCGAAGCUCGUGUUGGUCCUCCGAAACCCCGUGGAUCGCCUCUACAGCCACUAUAAGAUGACGAUCCUCAACAACCAUGCGAUGCGAAAGUACUCGCUGGAGGAUAUGGUGGUCCACGAACUCGAAGCCAUGAGGGAUAAAUUUCACAUGACGAAGGCCCCCCUGCCAAUUGCGCGUAGAGGAAACGCCACCAACACCACAACCUUGGCAAACGAGUCCUACGAAAUGCCGGGGUCGGUGCCUUCCGACCAUGCUAUCCCUCCCGACAAAUGGACCCCGAGGGAGAUGGCGAUUCUCAAAAAAACCGAUCGCGGACCCCUCGGGAAAGAAAACAUUGUCCGCCGAGGCUUGUACAGCACCCAGCUCGAGUGGUGGCUGAAACACUACACGGUUGGCGAGGAUCUCUUGGUGAUCAAUUAUGCCGACCUGUUGGAGGACACGAAGGCGGUCUACGAGCGAAUCCUAAUGUUUGUGGGUAUUCCUCUGCCCAACAACUACCAACGCAACGACGGCAACAACUAUACAACUACAAACAGCACCGCUACCGUGAUCAACUUUGACCAAAAAGUCCGUGCCGACAGAAGAAAGGACGACCGCCCCCUCAGAGAGGACACCCGCCGGUACCUUGCGGACUUUUACCGCCCUUACAAUGCUCAAUUGGAACAAUUACUGGGACCAGAUUGGAGCCUAGACAAGCUGGGGUGGGGUUGAUGCGCGGAUCCAAUGGGUUAGGACAAACAAUUGCUUGCCGUGGACUGGAUUAGAUGGGCGAUAUCGUAAGAACAUCUGAAGUUGUUUGUGUGUAAACAACCUGUACUGGAAUCCUAGCUAUACCCGACCCCAGCUGUUGUUGACCAUUGGUUUCUAACUGACGUUGCUCGAGCACUUUUACAUCGUAACCGAAUGCCGGACAUACCAUAAACGCGAGAUGAGUUUGUGUCAGAAGUCAAAAGUAUAGUCUUAACC